CUCACUUCAACCAGGAUUCUACACACGGCUUUCCAACCAAUUGCCUCAUCCUGCCUGUGCAUUAGCCUGAACUUGAAGAUGCCUCAGUUGCUUGGAAACAUCGAUGGGAUCAUCCAGGCCUUCACCCGUUAUGCCAAAACUGAGGGUGAUUGUACCACACUUACCCGUGGGGAGCUCAAAAAGCUCUUGGAGCAGGAGCUUGCUGAUGUCAUUGUGAAACCCCACGAUCCUGCCACAGUAGACCAAGUUUUCCGCCUACUGGAUGAAGAUUCCAAGGGGACUGUGGAUUUUAAAGAAUUUCUUCUGUUGGUAUUUAAAGUGACACAGGCUUGCUACAAGACACUAAAUGAAAGUCCUGAAGGAGCUUGUGGAACUCAAGAGCCAGAAAGUCAGCACCCUGGGAGCACUCAGCAGAUGAGAGAUGAUCACACCAGCACAGGAAGAGUUGAGAGAGAACAAGACCAUAAUAGGAAUAGAGAAGAAGAGCGGACAUUUCCAGGACAAAAUAGAAACAACCUGACCACAAGGACUCAGACUCGGGGACAAGACUUUACUUCUGCUGAAGUAUGUGGUCAGGAGAGGCAGCCUGAAACCCAGGAACAGGAGAGAGGAAUCCAGCAGAUUAGAGACAAAACUGAAGGGCAGAGGCAGACUGAAGCGGGUACCAGGCAGACCAGGGAACAAGGCAGGACCCAUCAGACAAAUGAGACUGUAACUGGAGGUCAGUCUCAGAUUCACACUGGUACCACUCAGAUCAGAGAACAAGGCAGGACCCAUCAGACAAGUGAUACCCUGACUGGGGGUCAAUCUCAGACUCACACUGGCACCACUCAAAGAGAACAAGGCAGGACCCAUCAGACAAGUGAUACCCUGACUGGGGGUCAAUCUCAGACUCACACUGGUACCACUCAGACCAGAGAACAAGGCAGGACCCAUCAGACAAGUGAUACCCUGACUGGAGAUCAAUCUCAGACUCACACUGGCACCACUCAGACCAGAGAACAAGGCAGGACCCAUCAGACAAGUGAUACCCUGACUGGGGGUCAAUCUCAGACUCACACUGGUACCACUCAGACCAGAGGACAAGGCAGGACCCAUCAGACAAGUGAUACCCUGACUGGGGGUCAAUCUCAGACUCACACUGGCACCACUCAGACCAGAGAACAAGGCAGGACCCAUCAGACAAGUGAUACCCUGACUGGGGGUCAAUCUCAGACUCACACUGGCACCACUCAGACCAGAGAACAAGGCAGGACCCAUCAGACAAGUGAUACCCUGACUGGGGGUCAAUCUCAGACUCACACUGGCACCACUCAGACCAGAGAACAAGACAGGACCCAUCAGACAAGUGAUACCCUGACUGGGGGUCAAUCUCAGACUCACACUGGUACCACUCAGACCAGAGAACAAGGCAGGACCCAUCAGACAAAUGAGACUGUAACUGGAGGUCAGUCUCAGAUUCACACUGGUACCACUCAGAUCAGAGAACAAGGCAGGACCCAUCAGACAAGUGAUACCCUGACUGGGGGUCAAUCUCAGACUCACACUGGCACCACUCAGACCAGAGAACAAGGCAGGACCCAUCAGACAAGUGAUACCCUGACUGGGGGUCAAUCUCAGACUCACACUGGUACCACUCAGACCAGAGAACAAGGCAGGACCCAUCAGACAAGUGAUACCCUGACUGGAGAUCAAUCUCAGAUUCGUAUUCAUAUUUCUCACUCUGGGAAACAGGAUCAGAGCCAUCAUAAAAAUGAGUGGAUGACUGGAGGUCAGUCUCAGGUUCACACUGGCACCUCUCAGGUAAGAGAACCAGGCAGGACCCAUCAGUCAAAUGAGUCUAUGAUUGGAGGUCAGUCUCAGACAGGGAUCACUCAGAAUAGAAACCAUGAGACAGGGUAUACUGUCAAGGAACAGUUGGAAACUGGCUAUGGCUACUCUAGAGGAACAGAGACCCAAGGACAGAACCAGAUAACAAGAGGAACGGUAGUAGGGGGACAGACUCAAACUCAAGCAGGGGAAUGGGACCAGACUCAGGCAGGAAGUAGUCAGGGAUGGAGCCAAGAAAGGAGCCAACAAACAAGAGGUCAAGGUCACAGCCAGAUGGGGAGCUCUUUGUCUGGGAGACAGGACUACAGUGGAAGUCAGACAAGUUGCAGCAUGACAGGAGGGUUACUAGAGAGUGAUGACUGUCAGACCCAAGAAUCCACUAUUGGAGGACAGGACUGGAACAGACAGCAGACGAGGGAGACAGUGGUUGAACAGCAGGAUCAGAGAAAUCUACAUGCAAGCGAAUCAGAAAUUCAUGGGCAGAAAACCACUCAGCUUGGAGGAGCAAGCCAGGCUCAGGGAGGAAAGCUAGGUCUCAAUGCCCAGAGCCUCUACUCCUACUUCAAAGAUAACAAGCCAUGAACAUCAACUCCUUGAUUCCCAAUGCCCAGGAACAAGAACAGCACAGCUUGGGAGGCAUUGAACAAUUCUACCUUUCUUGGUCAGAUCAGACAAUAAAUCAGUCUGUAAUCCACCUGCAUUCCAGUUGGGUCUUGAUUAGGCCUUUUCUCCACGUUGCUUUGGGUAAGCCCAUCCUUGUCUUUCUAGCUAUCUUUUGUCAUAUGAAUCAGGGGUACUUGGGUUAAACAUGGUAGACAAUUCCCUUCAUUCUGUCCUCAAAGUGAAGUUCUCAUUUUCAACUUUGCCACCCUGUGUUACUAGAAUGUAUCUUCCAAUGCAUUAUUAAAA